CGUAUAAACUCUGCCCGCUCCCACGCAAUGGAACCGGUCCCUAUAAAUAGCCCUGAGAACCAUCACAUUCCCGACUUCCACUCGUCUUCUCACUUCUGUCUCUGCAAUUGUUAACUCAAGCUCGUAUGCUCAUCGUCCCCUUUCCACAACCGUUUCUAAGUUGCUUUAUUCAAAACCCUAGCUUGCAUGGCGGAGGAGAUGAAGACGACGGAUUUCGAAGACCCAUCUGAUUCCGUCGAAAGAGAAGCGGAGAUGGCGGAAGAUGCAGAAGAAGGAGGAGAGGAAGGUGAAGAGGAAGGAGAUGGAGGCGAGCACGAAGGAGAAGAAGAUCCCGAAGACGAGGAAUACACCGCUCUGUUCGAAGGCAACAAGGAUUUGUUAGAUUAUGCAGAGGACGACACUUUCGGAUUGAAGCUAUAUCAGCAGUUCGAGCGGCGUGACUACGAAGCUCUGGCCGAGAGGAAGCGCAAAGCGCUCAGCGACCCCUGCUGCAAUGAUUCUGCAAAGAAGCUGAAACAAGAUGAUUUCUGUGGUACAAGCAUUGAUGAAAUAAGGGAAAUGAUGGAUUUUGGUUGGCGGAGAAAGUCAAGAAAGACCAAGAAAAGGGGAAGACGGAAGGGCUCGAAAAAUAAACUUAGCCCUGAAGUCACUAGGAAACUUGGGGAUGCAACUCUUCAUUAUGCAUCUGGCCGCUAUGAUGAGGCGGUAUGUGUUCUCAAAGAGGUUGUGAAGCUUGCACCAACUCUGGCUGAUCCAUACUACACACUUGGUCUUGUGCAUAAUGCAAAUGGUGAUAGAAAAAGAGCUUUUAAUUUUUACAUGAUCGCUGCACAUGUGAUGCCCAAAGAUCCAUCUCUCUGGAAACUGCUUGUAACCUGGUCCAUAGAUAUCGGAAAUAGUGGGCUAGUUAUGUAUUGCCUUUCUAAAGCAAUAACAGCAGAUCCAAAAGAUAUGGGCCUUAGGUUUGAUCGUGCAUCACUUUUUGUUGAGCUUGGGCAUUAUCAGAAAGCUGCAGAAUCAUAUGACCAAAUAUUAGGAUUAUGUCCCGCAAAUGUUGAAGCACGAAUGAUGGCCGCGAAGAUGUACCAGAAGUGCGGCCAGGUUGAGCGGGCUAUCAACACUCUGGAAGACUAUAUUAAAUAUCAUCCAACAGAAAUUGAUUUGAGUAUAGUUAAUCUGCUAGCAAGCAUAUACAUGGAAAAUAAACAACAUGUUAAAGCACUUCUGCAGAUUGAGAAUGCACGCUCGGUUUACUGCUCUAGCAACAAAUUCCCAUUAUGUCUGACUGUUAAGGAAGGAAUUUGCCAAGCUUAUCUUGGCAAUAUGGAGAAGGCUGAGAUUCUACUCGUGGAUUUGCAAAUGGAGAAAGCUGAUCACGGAGAGUUAAUUACUGAAGUUGCAGAUUCAUUUAUGAAUCUUGGGCAGUAUGAAUCUGCAUUGAAAUACUACUUUAUGCUAGAUGGGACUAAUGGACAUGAAAAUGUUUAUUUAGAUAAAAAAAUUGCUCAGUGUUACAUCUCCUUGAAGGAAAGAGCAAAAGCCAUUGCAGCCUUGUAUAAGGUUUUGCUUGCGAUGGAGGACGAUAUUGAUAGCCGACUUACUCUAGCUUCCCUUCUUCUUGAUGAGGAAAAAAAAGAUGAAGCCAUUACUGUACUAUCUCCUCCCAAAAAUCAGGAAUCAACAAUUGACACAAAUUCUGUGGGUCCUAAACCAUGGUGGCUUAGUGGGAAAGUAAGGUUUCAGCUUGCCAAAAUUUAUCAUGCGAAAGGGAUGCUUGAGGACUUCGUUGAUGCAAUUUUUUCAUCCAUUCGUGAAACAUUAUUUAUCGAAACUAUGAAUCAAAAGGUUCGAGUAAAGAAAAAGCUCACAAAAAGUGUUCUCAACGAAAGAAUUAAGGUGGCGGGUGAUUAUGAAGAUGAUAGUAUCUUUCGUGGGUUUAGACCAAUUGGAACCAUUCCAGAAAUGGCCAAAGCUUCCAGAGCAAAGAAGUCACUUCAGAAAUUGGAAGCUGUAAAGGAAGAAAAAAAAGCUGCGGCUUUGGCUGCUGGGCUGGACUGGCAGAGCGAUGAAUCAGAUGAUGAGUCCCCGCCGAAGGCCUUGAGAGAACCUCCCUUGCCAAAACUCCUCAAAGAUGAAGAACAUUAUCAGCUUACUUUAGAUUUGUGCAAAGCAUUGGCAUCCUUGCAGCGAUCUCGGGAAGCAUUAGAGAUUAUUAAUCAUACUCUGAGAUUAGCACACAAAACGCUAUCUGUUGAGGAGGAGGAGGAGCUCCGGUCACUAGGUGCUCAAAUAGCAUGCAACACAACUGAUCCAAUGCAUGGGUAUGACCAUGUACGACAUAGAGUUCGGCACCAUCCUUAUAGUUCGGCUGCCUGGAAUGGUUACUAUAAAGUAGUUUCGAGAUUUGGGAGUCGGUUACCAAAGCAUGACAAGUUUUUGCCUGGUAUGCGGGAUGCUCACCCUGAUUGUGUGCACCCCGUGAUCAUUAGGGGGCAUCAGUCUACCAUGAAAUGCAAGCACCAAGAUGCUGCCAGGGAGUAUCUGCAAGCUUAUAAAGUGCAGCCAGACAAUCCAUUGGUCAAUCUUUGUGCCGGCACUGCUUUGAUAAACCUAGCCCUUGGACUUAGAGUUCGGAACCGGCACCAGUGUAUUGCACAAGGCUUUGCCUUCCUCUACAACUAUAUGCGUCUUUGCAAAAGCAGCCAGGUUGCAGGGUUUAAUCAGGGAGCGAAGCGGAGCAAAGAUCUAGUCGUCUAUCUAGCUGUAGUCUUUUAUUCUAGUUGUAUAUUAAAAAAAAAGAUGUAUAGUGGAAGCACAAAGGAAAGUCUUGAUUAUUAAAAUUAAACAUUUUAUGGAAAUUUGGUUUGCUGUUAUGUGUUUUUUAUGCAAUUAUGGUCAUAGAUACUUAAAUUAUAAAUCAUGACCAGGAAUACAGAGUCGGGUUUGGCUAACCCGGGAACCAAAUUUUAGGGCGUGACAACAUUGUACAUAGAUGAUAGAUCACACUGUUACUUUAUGGUAACAUUCCAACAUGUAUUGGAGAGGGUUACUAAUGUUGUACGAGGCUGAUUCUACAAAUAUCAUUGCACAAAUUAUAU